ACAAUAUGUGGAAUGCAGGUGGAUUCUAAGGCCGAGCAUGAUGAUGAUGGAGACGUGGUAUUCCUCACAGUAAUGAUUGUCUCAGCCACCAUCUUUGUCUCUGUGUGAGGUAGCAAUAAGCCUGGGGAUGAUGUUACGAUAUGACUAUGAUGACCAUUAUGCUAAUGCUGAUGGAGACCAUAUUGGAAACGACGGUGACUACAACAAUGAUGAUGAUGAUGAUGAUACUGGACAGGUUUUACAGGUUGUAGACCAGCUGCAGCCAGUCUGGUGUCAGCUCUGCCUCAGCCAGUAGCACGGUGAGCGGCAGGCCAGCCACUAACAGAGCAGCCAUUCCCUGGGUCUUGAUGACUUCCAGAUGACAACCCAGACAGCCUGGCCCGAGAGAACUCAGCACUCAGUCACAGACAGAGAGAGAGGGGGGAGGCAGAGAUAGGGUAGGGGAGGAGAGAGAGAAACAGACAGACAAAGGAAAGGAUGAAGCAGUUGCAUGUGAAGUGGUUUAGCAGUGCUCCAGUCAGCGUUCUUACCUCAUUCUCCUGAUGGUUGUUGGUACACAACUCUCUCCAGCUGGGGCCUGGCUGGCUGCCUUGAUUAGCUGGUGACUGAUCCACAUUCAGAUCCCAUUGAGACAGACAGACGACAGGGCAGUGUCAGUGUGUGUGCGCUGGGCCGAGAGUCAGCAUGAUGCAUCGGUGGGGUCUACUCAUCACUGUGUUCUACUGCCAGCUGUUCCUGGCUGCUGCUCAACACUGGAGGAAAGCCCUUUACCCAUCAGCCUUUAGAGUGAAGCGUGGCGCACACUCAUUGGUCAACCCCACCUUCCAGAACUCUGUGGAAGAUGUUAACCUGCUGUUUGAGAUCCUGCUGGCAGGCCUGCAGAUCGAGGGUGAGGACAAGCCCUUUGUGAUCCCAGACAUGGAGCUGGCGUCUCUGAGGUCGGUCCAAAAGCUGGAGGUCAUCUGUGAGGACGUCCUGCCCAAGAGACUAUCCGAGAUCAGACGUCUGACCUCCCACCUGUCCCAGCGCAGAGGUGCCCUGAGCAGGGAGGACUUUGAGCGCACAGUGCUCACUAUGGUGUACACUGCCCAGACUCUGGCUCAUACCACCUCCCAACACCAGAAGGCGCUGUGGGGAGACGCCCUGCUGCAGCUGUUCAGGGCCAUUCAAGAAGAUCUGACGCCCCCACCCAGGACACCUCAGCACUAGUGUUAUGGACAUGUGGACAUGUGGACACAUUAUUUUAGAUAAUAUAAUAUACUGAUUAUUUUAUACUGUAACACAAGAGAAUUUGAAGGAUGUUUUCUAUUGUAUUCUGUUGUAUUGUAUUAUCAAAAUGACUGUUCUGAUAAUGUAAUAUGUUUGGUUAUGAUCAAAUGUUAUGAUCUAAUCAAUUUGCAAGGAGGAUGUGGGAAAAGGAGGGAUGUGAACUAUAUCUUGUUCAUGUUCUAUCUAUUGGAUUCUGCCUUGUUCCAGGACUUCAGAUGUAAUCAAACAUUUGAAAUAUUUUAUCAGUAUCUCUGUCAUCAUGAUUCAUUACAGGUCUUUAUCAAGUCUUCUGUCAUAAUCUUCUCAGCUGUUUAUCACAAUCACAUAAUCUUUCCCCAGCACAGUCCUAUGGCGAAAAGGAGCUUCGGAUGAAGACAGGGGUAUCAAUUUGCUCAGCUUAUUUCUCUGUAAUUGAUAUUAUAAUAAAAUAAUGAUCAAUAUUUUUAAACUGUACCAUAGUUAUGGCCAUGUUAUGAUCCAACCUAUCCUGAUGCAGUAAAAACAUAUAUUUAUGCAAAACCUUUUUGACUGUAGACCCAUUAUAUAUUUUUUUAUUAUCUGGAUUCACAGGUUUUACGCACCAACAAGACUUUUUGGAGAGCACUAUGGUCCUUUUUUGAUAUGGCCUUGUUGUGAAUAUGUACAAAUGAGGGAUAUGGCUAUAGAAUGUUCAAUCACAUUUGCAAAAAGCGUGGGGAGGGAUUUGCCUCAGUCCCAACCUGUUUUUAUUUUGGAAGUAGAGGAUGUUAGCUGCUCUAGCCUGCAGGGAGGAUGUUAAGCUCUCCGGUUGGUCACACAUAAUGGCAGGGGUGAGUCCAAGCCCCAUGCUCCGAGUAGAGCCCACUAGAGCCCUCAUUGAUGAGCAACUACAGAUUGUGGUGAAGAAUGUUUUUCCCACCGCUCUGAGGGUGGGAGGCGUUCUGCCAUUAUGCCAGUGAUGAAACGGACAAAGGCAAGAACAACUAUGUUUUUGGGCUUGUGUUCCUACUUGUUGUUUUGCCAGAUGUUACUAUUUAUGUUUGUCAUACUUCAUGCAAAGAUAUUUUUUUUAAAGUACAGUAUUUUGACUUGUUAAUCAACUUUACAAAUUGCUAUAGUAAAGCAACUGAGUUGUGUUAUUGUACUGUAUCGUGUGUGAAGUUGCUGAGGACAUCCGUUUCGGCGAUGAAUUCUGAAUUAUUUUCAGUUAGCUCUCCCUACAUAGUUGACUGUUUCUUUUCUCUCUGUAAUACUGUAAACAAUUAUUUUACAGAUGCUCUGUAGACACAACCCUAUUUUCCAACAUAUGUUUUGAUAAUUCAGCCCAGAUGUAUGGAGUGUAUAAGUGCCAGUCAUGUUUUCCCUUUGAGAUUGUCCCUUGUGUUUUAACCGAUUCUAAAGCAAGGUAUCUUUCAGACUGCAUUGUAUGCACACUAUACUGUAUGUAUUUGUACAGUGAGGAACUGACAUGUGUGUGGACCUCUUUUUUGACCCCAUAGGUCAGGAGGUUAAAGUGUCCAUUACUGAUGGUCAUUGGAGAAGCUGACCAGAACUGUGCCACUACAGAAUCUGUCCAGGAUGUAAGUACUGUACAUUUUAGUUAUUUAGUAGACACUCUUGACCAGAGCAACAUACAGGAGCAAUUAGUGUUAAGCGCCUUGCUCAAGAUAUAUUUUUCACCUAGUCAACUCAGGGAUUCAAACCAGCAACCUUUCAGUUAAUGGCCCAACACUCUUAACCACUAGGCUACCUGCCACUACCUGAUAAUGCAUACAUAGACCUACAUUAAUUACAGUAUAAGUUGGCACGCUAAAAGGCCUAUCCCAGAUAUCACCUGACCUCUGACCUCUAUGCACAGAUGUACAGUAUGUUGGAGGGGGCAGGGAACGGUCACCUGCUGACAACUGUGUCCUACCCUGGGGCUGGUCACCUGAUCAAACCUUUCGACUCUCCUCACUUCCGCUCUAGCACCUUCCUUCGGCUUUACACCAAGAACAGGGUAAAAAGUGAGGGAUUUUACAGAGCAUCUCUCAUCUGCUCUUACUUACUGUAAGGCUAGAUCAAGGACCCAGUCGAUACUAUCCCUAGACAUUACACAUGACAUUAUAAGUCUUUGAAAGGGAUUGUUUUUCAUGAGUAUUUUUUACCCUACUGUAAAACUGUGAUGUGUUGUUGCAGUGAUCAUGUUGUGGGGAGGGGAGUCCAAAUGGAGUCCAAAGACAGGACCCCUCUGUCCCCUCAGAGCUGUGAGAUCCUCCUGGACUAUCUCCAUUAUAGUCGUCGCUUCUCCAGCUUCAUUAUCUGUCAGGGCCCUAUUCUUGAAAUUAAAGAGAGAAGAUAUUGGUUGGAUUUGUUUUUACUCACCAGGUGGCAGCAUUGCACAGUCUCUUAAAUGACUGGUCUGCUGCUCGUAGGUGUCAUAGUCGUCAAUGUCCUGACAAUUACAAGGAGGAAGAAGAGGAGAUGGUCGACAUCCACUUUUCAUCAAUGUCCUUAUGGGGAAGCCUUUCUGUUUAAAGACCUUGGGUCAGACCUUGGCUGCUCGGUCACGGUUGAGUUGCGGUCUUCUAGCCAGUCUGGUUUGGAUUCCAAACUCCUGUGAGGUGAUAUGAAGUGUUAUUGAUCUCAGCUGAAUUGGAGAGAAUGAACACCGCUGCCUUUAACUCUCAUCAACUGCAUAACGUUUUGUUGUUGUUGUUGAGAUGUCACCCAUAUUCUCACUUCAGAUCCAUUCUGGCAAAGUGGACGGAUGGCCUAAACAUCUCCAUGUGUUGCUCAUAUAUUAAACCAAUAGCCUGGUCCCAGAUCUGUUUGCGCUGUGUUGCUCCUAUGGUCAUUGUCAUCCCAAACAUCGUCAUGCACAAACAGAUCUGGGACUACGUAGGCUACUAAACCAAUGCCUUCUCUAGUGAUGAAGGGUAAAAUACCCAAUUUGGCAACCUGUCGUGCUAUUAAACCAAUGCCUUCUCUAGUGAUGAAGGGUAAAUUCCCAAUCUGGCAUCCCGCCGUGCCAUUAAACCAAUGCCUUGUGUCUUUGUUUAAGAAUAAACUCCCAAUCUGGCAUCCCGCCGUGCCAUUAAACCAAUGCCUUGUGUCUUUGUUUAAGAAUAAACUCCCAAUCUGGCAUCCCGCCGUGCCAUUAAACCAAUGCCUUGUGUCUUUGUUUAAGAAUAAACUCCCAAUCUGGCAUCCCGCCGUGCCAUUAAACCAAUGCCUUGUCUAGUGAUGAAGGAUAAAUUCACAAUCUGCCAACCCGCCGUGCCGUUAAAACCUUUACAGACUCAGUGGAGUAUAUCCUCAACCUUCAUUCCUCCAGCAGCCUUGUGGUGUGACUUGCCCCCCUAUUAUUAUGAGGAGGAAGUAAUCCAACGCCUGUAUCCCAUGCAUCAGACCCACGCUCCGGCCCCACCAUGGAAAACAUUCCACUGGCAGCCCCUCAGCACGGCCCAUAUGGACCAAA